ACUGGAAUUGCCAAGACAGUUUGCAUCAGGACAAACAUCAAUGCUACAAACAACACAACCCCUUGAAGAACAGUUAAGCCAUCUGAGUGCAGCUGUUGCCCAGCUGGUGCAGGGUCAACAAGAGGGACCUGUUGAUGACCAGCUACACCAGAAAAUGGAAGCCCUCAAGGAAAAGUGCUUAAGGCUGGAGGGGGAGAAAGCUUCCUUGGAGAAGAUAGUGUUAGAAAGCCAGCGAUGGCAAAAGAAGAGGUCCGACAGCGACAGGACUUCAGAGAGCUCAGUCCUUGAGCCUAAGAGAGAGAUGCCGAAGGAUGAAACUGCAGAAUCUGGAAGUAAAUCCCCCGUAGCGGCACUUGAUGAACUGAUUGCUGCCUUGGGGAAACUUCCUCCGUCCACCGAAGAAGUGAUUGCUAAGCUGAAGAACCAGGUCAAUUUUCUGAUCCAGGAAUGUAACAAAAGGGAACAAGAGAUUGGCCAGCGAGAGAAAGCGUCCCACAUUUACACAAACCAGUUCGAUGACUUGCGUACACAAGUGACUGACUUGAACGCUCAAUUUGCUAAAGAUCGGGAUGAAUGGCAGGCCGAGAGAAAGUCGCUAGAAGAAUCUAUAUCCCAGCUGGAGGAAACAGUGAAAGCAGAAAGAGCACGCACAGAAGAGCUUAAUUCGACCAUUGAUGCCAUUUCAUCCAGCCGGGGAGAUGUUGAUGGGAAGAAAAGAGAUGAAUCAUAUCACUUAUUGAUACAAGAAUAA